CAGUCAGUCAUUACGGGGACAGUAUGGAGUUCAGGUCUCUCUCUGUGAUACUCUUGCUGACUGUCCUCAUCCACAGUGGACAAACAGAAAAACCUAAACCUGAACUCACAUCAAGCCAUAAAGGAGCCGCACCGAUAGGAAAUCCAGUGGUUCUGUACUGUAAGCUGGAUCAGUCUGCUGGAUGGAGGUUUUACUGGUCCAAACACACACAGAGCCCUGAGAAUGAGACCAAGACUGAAACACACUCCUACACCAUCAGCUCAGUCAGUGUCUCUGAUGGAGGACAGUACUGGUGCAGAGCUGGGAGAGGAACCCCAGUCUACUACACCCACUACAGUGAUGCUCUCUGGAUAAACGUCACUGGUACGACCCGUUCAGACUCUCUGACAGUCAGUCCCAGUAGAGCUCAACACUUUAGUGCUGACUCUCUCUCACUGAGCUGUGAGGGACAGAGUGACUCUACUGGAUGGAGAGUGAGACGAUACACACACAGUGAGAAGGUGUCAGAUUGUUCAUCAGGCCUGGGAUCAGUUACAGGAUCUACAUGCAACAUCAGCUCCCUCAGCACAUCCCACACUGGAGUGUACGGGUGUGAGUCUGAAUCUGGAGAGAGCAGCAAUCCUGUCAACAUCACAGUGACCAAUGGUGCUGUGAUUCUGGACAGUCCUGUCCAUCCUGUGACUGAGGGAGAUCCUCUGACUCUGCGCUGUUUAUAUCGUGACCCAAAGCCCUCAAACCUCACAGCUGAAUUCUAUAAGAAUGGAUCACUCCUCCAGACUCAGACUACAGGAGAGAUGACCAUCCGUACUGUCUCAAAGUCAGAUGAAGGUCUCUACCACUGUAAACACCCAGAGAAAGGAGAGUCUCCACAGAGCUGGAUCUCAGUCAGAGGUGAAUCUAAAUCAGGAGCUUCAUUCUCAGUGUUCAGUCUGCUCAGUAGUUUAAAGGCAGCAUCUCCGUAUCUGCUGGUGUCCAUUGUGCUGAUGGUCAAAUGCUACAGAGCUCGAGCUAAACCUGAUGAGCUGAACUCAAUGUGACCCUUAACAGAAGCUGGAGCUGGAGAAAGUUUCUUUGGUCAUGGUUAUGAUCUUGUGAC